UUCUUGCUCGACGUUUUCUCCACUUUGCGGUUUCACCCUAUCUUCUUCUUUCCCAAGGUGGAACAAAAUCCGCGCGACUGCCCUACGCCCCCACUUCUCCCCCUUCAUGUGUAUCACAGUCAUUCACCGGUAACCGGUCAAACCCCAUAACCAGCAGCAUUAGGGCAAAAACCGCCCUCUCAUCCAUAGCUCGUCCUGCACGAACUGUGGAAAGAAUUGUUGGCCGCAUGCUGUGUACGAUACCUGGCUACCUAUCAGUAUAUUCUUCUAUUGUAGAUUUAUGUUCCCUCGCUAUAUAAACCGGUGGACUCCGACAGUCGGGCCAGUAGUAGUUGCGGCUACUGCAUUGUUCAGUAAGUUGAGCUGAGUCAGGCGCGAUCCUGGAUCUGACUUGAAGAACGAAUGAACUUGCAAUUAGCACACAGUGACAGCAAGGACGUACCAUGCGACUGUGCAGCCUCGGCUCCGUACUCCUUUGUGGUAAGCAGUAUGCCCAGCGAAUGGAUUCAGUAUUAAGGUGCUAGUGGACAUGGAGGUACUACUAUUUCGAUGGCAAUAUUCAGUAGCCGGUCUACCGUGCGAGUCAAGACGGACCUCAAUAAGGACACAGAUCCUGAUGGAGAGAGACCGCCGUUCGGAGCCACUCUAAUCAGCACCGCCACCGCGCAAGGUUACGGUGGUGCUGGAGAUCUGAUCAGCGUUACGCGAAACCUACCCCAGCCAGAGUAUACGCAAACCGGUCCACAGCCCGACUAUAAGAGGCCAGCUGAGCUUCCUCAGCCACAGCCACGACCCCCUCCUCAGACUGAACCGGACUACUCACCCGAGCAACCAGUCCCUCAGAAUGUUCCGACCCGACCUCCGACGAAGCCUAUUCAGAACUAUGCACCUGUACCCGGCGGACCUGGUCGCGUCCCCGUUCCGACGGUACGCCCGACGCCUGGUCCUGCUCUAGGUCAGUCCGGUCCAACACCGGCUCCGACCCGAAAGCCGGCCAUCGCCCCUGGGCCGGCACCUAUUCCAAGGCCAAUGGGCCCUCGUCAACCGGUCCGUGUUCCAGAACCCACUGGGCCUGCAUCCACUGGUCAACGACAGCCUAUGUAUGUACCUGAGAUACAGGGACCCGCAUCUGGACCUACUCCUGAUUCAAUUCCGGGACUCCGUCAACCCGCAUACACUCCUGGAAAUCGACCUGCACCUGGUCUUGCUCCUCGUCCCGAACUAGCGCUGACACCAGCUCCUCGUCCUGGACUAUCCCCAGCACCAGCUUCUCGACCAGGACAAGCUCCGGCACCACGACCUGUUUCACCGACGCUUCAGCGCCAGCCGGCUUACGUUCCUAUGUCACAGGCGCCUGGGUCUGCACCAAGGCCUGCUCUAGGACCCAUUGCAACACCUGCUGUAGGUUUCAGUCCAAGGCCUGCUUCAGGGCCCGGCCCUUAUGAACAGACGGGCGGUUUGGGUCCACAAAGCCGCCCUGCGCCUGCGGUCGGUGGGGGACAAGGACAACGGCCUGGGGGAAGCCCUGACUAUGACGGUGCGUUUGAUGACGGUUCGUACAAGGGCGAUGAUGGCCAGGUAUGGCCCGCAAUUCGGGGUGAUCCUGGUAAAGACUACCCCAUCUAUGCAUCUGUUCCGGAGACUGGAUUCUCUUGCGAUCAACAAGAUUUACCCGGAUACUAUGGAGAUCCAAACGCAAUGUGUCAAGUAUUCCACAUCUGCCAAACGGAUGAGGAGGGCCAAAAACGCAUUGACUCAUUCCUCUGCCCCAACGGAACAAUAUUUAACCAGCGGUAUUUUGUUUGUGACUGGUGGUACAACUACGACUGCUCAGAAACGGAAGGUUUGUACAGUCUGAACGCAGAACUUUACAAAGAACCUGAACCUGGCCGAGAACAAUACCAGGUAGCGCCUCAGCCUGGCGCCCGUCCUACAGGUCCUAUUCAGAAAGUCACCUUUACGCCUCGUCAACCCGCUUACGUACCCAAUCUGCCGUCACAACCUGCUCCAGGCCCAACCCGAGACGUUGCGCCAAGCCCUGCCCCAAGCCCCGUUCCAGGCCUAGUUGUAGACCGAGUUCCAGGACCAGUUCCAGGCCCAGCUUCAGGCCCAACCUCAAGACCAGUCCCAGGCCCAGCUCCAGGCCCAACCUUAAGACCAGUUCCAGGCCCAGCUCUAGGCCCAAUCUCAAGACCAGUUCCAGGCCCAACCUCAAGACCAGUUCCAGGCCCAGCUCCAGGCCCAGCUCCAGGCCCAGCUCCAGGCCCAGCUCCAGGCCCAGCUCCAGGCCCAGCUCCAGGCCCAGCCUCAACACCAGUUUUAGGCCCAGCCACAACACCAGUUGCAGGCCCAACCCCAGGCCCGAUUCUCCGUCAACCGGCCUACCUUCCUGAGCAACCGACACCAUCAUCUGGUCCACGUCCUUCACUUUCUGUACCCAACCAGCCCACCUACGUCCCUGAAACAUCAACCGGUCCUACUCCAGCUCCGGCUCCCCGUCAGCCGGCCUACCUUCCUGAACCACAAGCACCAUCACCUGGACCACGUCCCUCACUUUCUGUGCCCAGCGCACCAGCCGGUCCUGUUCCAGCUCCCGCCCCCCGUCAGCCGACCUACCUUCCUGAGUCACAGGAACCACCAUCUAGUCCGCAUCCCUCACUUUCUGUACCCAGCCAACCAACCUACGUCCCUGGGACGCCAGCCGGUACUGUACUGGCUCCGGCUCCCCGCCAACCGGCCUAUCUUCCUGAGCCACAGGCACCAUCACCUAGUCCACGUCCUUCACUUUCUGUACCCAGCCAACCAGCCUACGUUCCUGUGGCACCAGUUCGUUCUGUCCUAGCUCCGGUUCCCCGUCAGCCGGCCUACCCUCCUGAGCCACAAGCACCAUCGCCUGGACCGCGUCCCUCACUUUCUGUGCCCAGCGAACCCGCCUACAUCCCUGAAGCACCAGCCAGUCCUGUUCCGGCUCCGGCUCCCCGUCAGCCGGCCUACCUUCCUGAGCCACAAGCACCAUCGUCUGGACCGCGUCCCUCACUUUCUGUGCCCAGCGAACCCGCCUACGUCCCUGAAGCACCAGCCAGUCCUGUUCCGGCUCCGGCUCCCCGCCAGCCGGCCUACCUUCCUAACCCACAAGCACCAUCAUCUGGACCGCGACCCUCACUUUCUGUGCCCAGCCAACCCGCCUACGUCCCUGAAGUACCAGCUGGUCCUGUUCCAGCUCCAGCUCCCCGUCAGCCAGCCUACCUUCCUGAGCCAUCGGCACCAUCAUCUGGACCCAGCCAACCCGCCUACGUCCCUGAAGCACCAGCCGGUCCUAUCCUAGCUCCGGCUCCCCGACCAGGCUCUGAGCCUACACCUGCUCCCCGUCAACCACCUCAGCCAUCGUACACCGCAGAUAUAGCAUCCGUUCCAGCACCACCCAGCCAACCUACCUAUAUUUCUAGACCAGCUCCUGGUCCGCCCCGCCAACCCUCCUAUACUUCCGAACAAGCACCCGCCCCGGCACCUCCGUCCCGUCAACCAUCUAACACCCUCAAUGUCCCGGCACCUCUGGCACCAUCUCUACCACAACCGACCUCUACCCCCCAGGCUUCCGGACCAGCGGCACCUCGUCAGCUCACCUACAUGCUAUCCCCUUCGAUACCUGCCCUACGACAGCCAACGUACAAUGAGCCAGGACCAGCGUCAGCUCCACAAUUUUCCACGUCAGUUGCCCCUAGUCCACCGUCUGCUUCGCAACAACCGAACUAUCAACCCGCCAUUCCUGGUUCUAGAGCUCCAUUUAAAUCGAUCCAAGAGAAACCGCAAUACGGCAAAGUAUCCCAACGGCCAAGCUAUAACGAACAGGCACAGAACCAGAGGGGUUUCGAACUGAGCCAGAGCGUUCAACCAGUGCCCGCGCCUCAGCAGUCGGCGACGACCGACGAGGACGAAGAAGACGGAGGGCGCUAUUAUGGACGUUAAAUCACAAAUAUCUGAACUCGUUCCAACGUUUGCGAUACAUGGGUAACCAAUGAAGUGCCGACGCCAACAACCCCUCUCAGGGGCGAUAAUGCCGCCAAUCUUAGCAAUGUUGUUUUGGGAACGCUCUGGUAAUUCCGUGAAGAUCACAAAUGAUUCACACUGCUGAACCACCCAAGCUCUUCCGAUGCUGGCCUUGGACUAAGUCAGCAUAUUUUGUAAUAAUUAAGCGUCUUUGCAGUGCGCGACUCAUUCCAAAUAUUUAAUAGCUCCUUUUCAAAUGAUUAUCCAAUUUAUUUGGCCUGUACAACCUACAACAAAGAUUACGAACGGAAGCCAUUAACCGUGACUCAAGCCAGCGACAAUGCUAGAGGCGAAGGCCUCCAAAAAACGAUCAAAAAAAAAUGAGGCACACAAGAGAAAUUGCUUUUGGGUUUCACCUUAAUCAAAUGCCGACCCAGAGAACGAGUUUACGCAGAAAGAAUGAGUUUCUAUUAUCGACAGACAAGCUGAACAAAUGAGACAAAUCGGAUCGACUUAACAUUUGCAUGCAAGGUGUAAAAGCCUUGACUUGUACGUCUAGAACCCGUUUUGUCAAGGUCGACACACGGCCUUGCCUUACUGCAUUAACCUAUCUUGUCGUCCACCAAUUCAACCAAUCAACCACAGCUUCAUACAUCCACCUCAACUUCAGUUGCUCUUAGCUCUUCUAAGUCAUUGUAAUAUUUAUGCGGUUCAUCCAGUUUUCUCAUGACUUCAUAUAACCUCAUGGGAGCCUUAUUCAGGCUUAUCCGUACAUACAAUUCGCACGUGUGAACAUCUGCAGCAUUCCACACUUGAUCCACAAACAUCAACAAGCAGACGACGAGCAGAUUUCCUUCUUUCCUCUUCCCACGUAAAUAUUUCCAGAAGCGCGCAUACACGCACCUAUUUAUUUUGCUGACGGUAUUACCAUAUGACUACGACACUGAGGCGAACAAAAAACAACGAAAAACUCGCUCAUGAUAGACAGCUUACUCGAUAAGAAGAGUUAGAACGAAAUAAAAUGAAGCAUAGGUAAGUUCAAGAAAAGAACUUCUACUAAUUGCUGUUGCUGAUCGAACGAAUUGUCUAAUGGUGCUAUUUCAGCAUUACGUGUGUCUUCAGUAUAUAUAUAUAUAUAUACUGAAUACAGUAUGUAUAUAUAUAUAUAAUGGUAGAUAAAUGAGAGGCUAUAUGGAUAUAGCUCUUGGAUGGUGGCUGGAAGUUAUUGUCGUUCCUUUCUGCUACUCGAAGUGUAUCAUACACAGUAGAAAGGAUACACGAUGGCGACUGCGUUACGAGGAGCCCACGAGAAGAAUAGGGAACGUAAAACUGAAUAAAGGCACCAGUAAGACGUAUCGGC